GAACUCUUAGAAGGCUUUAAAAAGGGACUCACACACUGAAAGAAUAUCUUUGAUGAAGACAAUUCAGGCAAGCAGAAUGAUUCUUGCAACAGAAUUACAUGAUUAAUUGAGAUCUUGAAGUGCGCCCGGCGAAUCCUGGCCACCUAACUUAUCAUGAUUUGGGGGAGUUUCACAAGAAUCCAGUUUUGAUAAAACAAUUGUUUUUUUCCUCCCCAAGUGACUAUACAUUUAAAUAGCUAAAACAUCUGUUCAGCAACAUACUAAAACAUGUAUACUCGGAACGCUUGAGAGAAGAGCCUGCCAAACAAUCGGUUGAGAGGGACUUUGCUGAGGGAGAGCACCAAGAUAAAGCAACACUGUUUUGUCUAGUCAGGGGGAAAGACAAGGCAACCAAUAUUUUGGAUUUUAUAAUUUUCAUUUGUGAAGAAUUAUUUGAGAAAGGGUGGCGAGGGGAGAUUUCCUGACGGGAGAUUUUUAAGCUGUCCAUUAGUAGAAGAGCAAGAGAGCCUUGGAUGUCAACGCCUCGGUCUUGAGACCAGCCACCAAACCACGAAAAGUGACUUUCUUCUCGUGUGUUCUCUGCGACCCUUCUGAUGGAAGCAGAAACAGGGAGCGGCGUGGAGACUGGAAAGAGGGCCAACAGAGGCAUUCGAAUUGCCCUGGCCGUGUUUGUUGGUGGCACCCUAGUUCUGGGCACGAUCCUCUUUCUAGUGAGUCAAGGAUUCUUAAGUCUCCAAGCUAAACAGGAGUACUGCCUGGAGCCAGAAUGCAUCGAAGCUGCUGCUGCCAUCUUAAGUAAAGUAAAUCUGUCUGUGGAUCCUUGUGAUAAUUUCUUCCGGUUCGCUUGUGAUGGCUGGAUAAGCAAUAAUCCAAUUCCCGAAGAUAUGCCAAGCUAUGGGGUUUAUCCUUGGCUGAGACAUAAUGUUGACCUCAAGUUGAAGGCACUUUUGGAGAAAUCAAUCAGUAGAAGACGGGACACCGAAGCCAUGCAGAAAGCCAAAAUCCUUUAUUUAUCCUGCAUGAAUGAGAAAGCCAUUGAAAAAGCCGAUGCCAAGCCACUGCUACACAUCCUACGGCAUUCACCUUUCCGCUGGCCCGUGCUUGAAUCUAAUAUUGGUCCUGAAGGGGUUUGGUCAGAGAGAAAGUUCAGCCUUCUACAGACACUUGCAACAUUUCGUGGUCAAUACAGCAAUUCCGUGUUCAUCCGUUUGUAUGUGUCCCCUGAUGACAAGGCAUCCAAUGAACAUAUCUUGAAGCUGGACCAAGCUACACUCUCCCUAGCUGUGAGGGAAGACUACCUUGAUAACAGUACAGAAGCCAAGUCUUAUCGGGAUGCCCUUUACAAGUUCAUGGUGGAUACUGCUGUGCUUUUAGGAGCUAACAGUUCCAGAGCAGAGCAUGACAUGAAGUCAGUGCUUAGAUUGGAAAUUAAGAUAGCUGAGAUAAUGAUUCCACAUGAAAACCGAACUAGUGAGGCCAUGUACAACAAAAUGAACAUUUCUGAACUGAGUGCUAUGAUUCCCCAGUUCGACUGGCUGGGCUACAUCAAGAAGGUCAUUGACACGAGACUCUACCCCCACCUGAAAGACAUCGGCCCCUCAGAGAACGUGGUGGUUCGCGUCCCUCAGUACUUUAAAGAUUUGUUUAGGAUAUUAGGGUCCGAGAGGAAGAAGACCAUUGCCAACUAUUUGGUGUGGAGAAUGGUUUAUUCCAGAAUUCCAAACCUUAGCAGACGCUUUCAGUAUAGAUGGCUGGAAUUCUCAAGGGUAAUCCAGGGGACCACAACUUUGCUGCCUCAAUGGGACAAAUGUGUUAACUUUAUUGAAAGCGCCCUCCCUUAUGUUGUUGGAAAGAUGUUUGUAGAUGUGCACUUCCAGAAAGAUAAGAAGGAGAUGAUGGAGGAAUUGAUUGAGGGCGUUCGCUGGGCCUUUAUUGACAUGCUAGAGAAAGAAAAUGAGUGGAUGGAUGCAGGGACGAAAAGGAAAGCCAAAGAAAAGGCGAGAGCUGUUUUGGCAAAAGUUGGCUAUCCAGAGUUUAUAAUGAAUGACACCCAUGUUAAUGAAGACCUCAAAACAAUCAAGUUUUCAGAAUCCGACUACUUUGGCAAUGUCCUUCAAACUCGCAAGUAUUUAGCACAGUCUGAUUUCUUCUGGCUAAGAAAAGCCGUUCCAAAAACAGAGUGGUUUACAAAUCCCACGACUGUCAAUGCCUUCUACAGCGCAUCCACCAACCAGAUCCGAUUUCCAGCAGGAGAGCUCCAGAAGCCUUUCUUUUGGGGAACAGAAUAUCCUCGAUCUCUGAGUUAUGGUGCUAUAGGAGUAAUUGUUGGACAUGAAUUUACACAUGGAUUUGAUAAUAAUGGUAGAAAAUAUGAUAAAAAUGGAAACCUGGAUCCUUGGUGGUCUACUGAAUCAGAAGAAAAGUUUAAGGAAAAAACAAAGUGUAUGAUUAACCAGUAUAGCAACUAUUAUUGGAAGAAAGCUGGCUUAAAUGUAAAGGGGAAGAGGACCCUGGGAGAAAAUAUUGCUGAUAAUGGAGGCCUGCGGGAAGCUUUUAGGGCUUACAGGAAAUGGAUAAAUGACAGGAGGCAGGGAGUUGAGGAGCCUCUUCUACCAGGCAUUCCAUUCACCAACAACCAGCUCUUCUUCCUGAGUUAUGCUCAUGUGAGGUGCAAUUCCUACAGACCAGAAGCUGCCCGAGAACAAGUCCAAAUUGGCGCUCACAGCCCCCCUCAGUUUAGGGUCAAUGGUGCAAUUAGUAACUUUGAAGAAUUCCAGAAAGCUUUUAACUGUCCACCCAAUUCCACAAUGAACAGAGACAUCGACUCCUGCCGACUCUGGUAGCUGGGACACUGGUUUAUGGCAUCCUGAGACAGUUGCACAGUGCCAGCGGAGGCUGCACUGAGCCGUCAUCACCCAUUGCUUUAGGCCUGAAGACUUUCAUUUGUAGUGCAUUUUCAUUAUUUGGGUAGAUGACCUGCUUGGAUCUAGACAGUAUCUAUUUAAAGCUGUAGGGCUUAUAAAAUGGAAUACAAGAAUGAACCAAGUAUGUUUCUUUAGAAAACCAAACCAACAAAAAUCUCUAGGCUACUUUUGUUAAAA